AUGUCCAGUGGCAAACAGAACACACCAAAUCAGUCGCAAAGGCCUCGAGGCCAACGACGGGAAAGACAACCAGCACUCACACACUUUCUCUGUCUACCUUUAGUUAAUACCACAUCACUUCCACAGCUGGAAGCGUCAAUUGCUGCCUUCACGGCGGCUUAUCCGCCAGUCCCAGUCGCAGACCUAUCAAACGGUCAGCCUCAGACAUCGGAGCAAAAUGCCUCGCACGCAGUUAUCCCGCAAGGUGCAGUGCGACCCGUGGGAACAAUCCAUUUGACCAUUGGAGUCAUGAGUCUCCCAACAAAAGAGCGUCUUGCAGAGGCACUGAAUUUCUUUCAAACACUCGACCUGGCGAGCUUGCUCAGGGAAGCGGAGCGAGUAGCCUUUGAACUACAUCAAAAGCGGGUGUCGAGGCGGAAAUCAUCAAACUCAGCACCAAAUAAUGCAGAAGCUUCGUCUCUUUCAUCUGGCUCGUCAUUAGACUUGGAGAAGGCCCCUCCGCCACUCUCUGUUUCCUUGGAGUCUUUACAUGCUUUACCGCGUGCCAAAGCUGCAACGGUCUUGCAUGCUUCUCCAAGUGACCGCACAGGACGAUUAUAUCCAUUCUGUGUGAUGCUACGAGACAAGUUUCUAGAAGCAGGGUUCAUUCUCAGUGAGGCCAAAAAUGGACUUCCUGCAGAGAGCAAGGACCCAAAGGCCGUGGAUGAAGUCCAAGCAUCUCAAUGCAAGGAUUUAAAAAGCGAUGAUAAACCUCUUCUUGAAGAGCUGACAACGCUGCCCCCGCAAGUUGAGAAUGUCAAAGUUCCACAGAUCUUGGACCCAUAUGCCGCUGCUCUUGCUCGCAAGCCGAAACCAAGGCCACUUCUUCUACAUGCUACGCUCGUGAAUACUAUUUACGUUCGUGGUCGACGGAACUUCGGGCCUGGGAAUAAUGGCAAGAAUGGGAGAAAUGGCUCGAAGAGGCUUGAGUUCGAUGCACGCGGUCUUCUGGCCAGGUACCGGAACUACUAUGUUGAUGAGACGCAAAUGGUAGCACGCGUCGAUACGUCCACUCAACCCGGAUCACCAACAGAGAGUUCCUCACUCUCUGAGUCCGGAGAGCCGGAGGGUGGUGAGGUUAAAUCUGACCCUGAUACAUCUUCUGCAUCUUCUCAUCCCCAGUAUCCUUUCGUCUGGGCGAAGGAUAUCGCGAUCAACUCAGUCACUAUUUGUGAAAUGGGCGCUAAAAGGCUCGAGGUCGGUGGUCCUGGGGAUCAGGGGUUGAAUGCACGCUUGGGCGAGGAAUACACUGUUAUCGCUGAGCGAAGGUUUGAUUCCCGCCCUCGAUCGCGAUCAGCUUCUUCGGGGAGAUGUAGUGAAGAGAGUUUAGAUGGAGGAGUGGGCCUUGUCUGA